CCUCUCAACUUCAUUACAUGAGAUAAAGCUCAAAAAUGGUCUGAAAUGGAAUAUGGACGUUCUUUGUAUGCUCAUACUUUGGUCUAUAAGCUCAGUAUUUGUAAUGACGACUGCUCAAAAGUCUGACUUGUUAUUACAAAGAGUUUCAAAUCUCCUGCGUAAAGAUGGUGUAAACAACUGCCUGUCUUCUGAAUCAAUUGAAUUACAAUCACAAACAUCUACGGACGACUGUGAAGAUGAAGAUAGUUCAAGUGAGGAAAUAGCUGAGGUGCAUCACAUAGACCCGCGAUUGGCUGAUGUAUUGUGUGGCCGAGUUCCGAACACUUACAGAGGACUCAACACUCUCCCUGGUGAACAUGUGGCUCCUCCCUCAAGAAGGAGUUUGCGAAGCAGAAAGCAGAAAUUGUAAAGGUGAAAUGUUUAGGCAAUAACUGGCAAUGAAAUUCACUUCAUGUAAGAGUAUAGUGUAUGAUUGCUACACUGUAAUUGAAGUCAUUCCAGGAGGUAUUUUCUUUUGGUGUAUUUUUAAUUGGCGUUUUUAUUUUUAAAUUUACCGUUGAAUAAAAAAUUGGUCUGUCAUAAAUGUUUUUUGAAUGUAUAAUUAAAGAUUAAAUAUUUA